AUGACCAACACCACUCGUCGUUCUGCCAACAAGGUUAAUAACAACCGUCGUUCACAGAAUCGUCGUUCUCGGGCAUCUCGUCGUCGUUCUGGGUAAGUUGUUUUAUAUUUUGUUAAGGUGAUUACGUUAUGGGCGCUGUUUUAACAAUUUUUUAACAUGUUUUAAAAUUUUUUUACUCAAAUCCCAAGUAUAAUAUCAAAAAUCUUCAGAUGGUUCCGUCGCCGUGUUAUUGAAAGCAGCAGCGGAUCCGAGCGAAGUUCCCAGGAGGUUACAGAUGCUCCCUCGACUUCUGCUACCAGUUUGAGCUCCAGAAUUCCGUUCUUCAGAAGUUUUACUGGAAGUCAGUCGGCCAUUCCAUUACCUCCACCACCAGCGCCAGUAUCCACUGUGCCAGUGGUUGGUGAGUAUGGACCUGCUCCUGUCAAUCCUUUUGCAUGUAGGUUUUGAAAUUUGCAAUUUUUUAAUUGUUGAAGUUUUUUAAACUUAUUUUUAGCAAGUUUUCGUGUUAGGACCAAAAAUUUUAAAAUUGAAGUUACAAAACUAGUUUUAUAAUAUUAAAAAUCUUACUUUAGUGCUAGACUCAGAGCCCUCGAAGCUGGUAUUCGAAUGUCAAUUGGCACAUGGCAGUAAAACGGUGAAGAUCACGAAUGUGAGCAGCUUGUCGGACAUGUACAAGAGUAUCGCUCAACAGUUUCCGGAUGUAAAUGUGGAAGAUAUCCUCUUCUGUACUGUGAAUACUCACAAAGUGGACAUGGAAAAGUUGUUGAGCAGUAACUUGGCUUUGGACGACUUUAUCUUUGCUCACGUCAAGGGUCAGAAGAAGGAAGUGACGUUUGUGAAGAAGGCGGGGUAAGAAGCUUGAUUUUAUGAUGUUGUGGAUUCUGGGAUAGAUUUUCACACUUAUCUUUUCUGUACUUUAACCAUCUAUCUUUAAUAACAUUUUAAACGUUAUCCUUUUAUUUAUGUGUGAUUUAAGGUAACUUUUUUAUGUAAAAAUAUAUUUCAGAGUUCUUGGUCUUACUGUGACAGACAAUUCCAAUGGUCUGACGUUCAUCAAGAGAAUUCAGCCAGAUUCAAUCUGUGCUACAGUUCAGCCGGCCAUUGACAUUGGAGAUCACAUUGAGAAAAUCAACGGUGAAUCUAUGAUCGGAAAACGCCAUUUCCAAGUGGCACGUGUCCUCAGGGCAUUGCCUGUUGGGGCUCAGUGAGUUUUUUAAUGUUGUUGUUGUAAAACUUCAAUUUUUUGAUUUUUUAAAAUUAAAAAAAAAUAUUUUAUAAAAAUUUUGAAAGGUAUAGAACAGAAAAGUAAGGUAAUUAUGACAAUUCUUUUCAGAAUCACGUUGAGACUGAUCUCCCCCUUCAAGACAGGCUUCUCUUUCUUGGCCAAACGUCCAGAAGUCCGACCCAAAGCUUCGGCCGACGUCCAGGAUGGCUGCCAAACCCUUCGCUUCUUUGCCAAUGGCCAAACCAAAGUGGAAGAAGCUCCAAACAAGGUUCUUUUGAGCAAAAUCAACAAGGUCUUUGAAGAGUACCUGGGUGUGAACGACGACGAACUGGCAUUGAGCAUCUGGGAGUUGGGCAAGAAGUGUGGCGAUCUGAUGGAGAUGAACGACAAGCUGAGAGCUUCUGCUGACCUGAGUGCUUUCUCCUUCCCUGACGAACUUAUCUUUGACAUGUGGGGCAUUGUGGACGACCACAAGAACCAGCGAUUGGUCGAGGAGCAGAAGAAGAGUGUUCACCCUGGAGGCAUGGAUCUUGAUUAA